AUGCACCACCUGCCUCAGCCGCAAAGCCCUUAUAACUGUGUGUGGUGCUGUGUCAGAGGAGUCUUCAGCGAGGGGUGGGGGGCACUCAGGCUGACGGGCACAGAUGGCGUUCCACGGAGACCCACGCCUCACUGCCUCCCCACGCCCGAGGCUGCCCCCAGGUCCCAGGUCCCUUCCACCUCCAUCACCUCCGCCCUCGAGCCUCCUCACCCCCUCGAGCCUCCUCACCCCCUCGAGCCUCCUCGAGCCUCCUCACCCCCUCGAGCCUCCUGUGAAUUUAGCAUGAUCAAUCGAGCCCCCUCACCCCCUCGAGCCUCCUCACCCCCUCGAGCCCCCUCACCCUCGAGCCUCCUCACCCCCUCGAGCCUCCUCACCCCCUCGAGCCCCCUCACCCGAGCCCCUCCCCUCGAGCCUCCUCACCCCCUCCUCCUCACCCCUCGACCCCCUCACCCGAGCCUCCUCACCCCCUCACCCCUCGACCCCUCACCCCCUCGAGCCCCCUCACCCCCUCGAGCCUCCUCACCCCCUCGAGCCCUCACCCCUCGAGCCCCCUCACCCCCUCGAGCCUCCUCACCCCUCACCCCUCGAGCCUCCUCACCCCCUCGAGCCCCCUCACCCCCUCGAGCCCCCUCACCCCCCUCGAGCCCCCUCACCCCUCACCCCGAGCCCCCUCACCCCUCGAGCCUCCUCACCCCCUCCUCACCCCCUCGAGCCCCCUCCUCACCCCUCACCCCUCACCCCCUCGAGCCCUCACCCCCUCGACCCCUCACCCCCUCACCCCCUCGAGCCUCCUCACCCCCUCGAGCCCCCUCACCCCCUCGAGCCCCCUCACCCCUCGAGCCUCCUCACCCCCUCACCCCUCGAGCCUCCUCACCCCCUCGAGCCCCCUCCCCCUCAGCCCCCUCACCCUCGAGCCUCCUCACCCCCUCGAGCCCCCCCCUCCCCCUCGAGCCUCCUCACCCCCUCGAGCCUCCUCACCCCCUCGAGCCUCCUCACCCCCUCAAGCCUCCUCACCCCCUCACCCCCUCGAGCCUCCUGCCCCCUCGACCCCUCGAGCCUCCUCACCCCUCGAGCCUCCUCACCCCCUCACCCCCUCGAGCCUCCUCACCCCCUCACCUCCUCACCCCCUCCCCCACCUCGAGCCCCCUGCACCCUCGAGCCUCCUCACCCCUCACCCUCGAGCCUCCUCACCCCCUCACCCCCUCGAGCCCCCUGCACCCUCGAGCCUCCUCACCCCCUCGAGCCCCCUGCACCCUCGACCCCCUCACCCCCUCGAGCCCCCUCACCCCCUCGAGCCCCCUCCCCCUCGGCCCCUCGACCCCUCGACCCCCUCGACCCCUCGAGCCUCCUCACCCCUCGAGCCUCCUCACCCCCUCGAGCCCCCUCACCCUCGAGCCUCCUCACCCCCUCACCCCCUCGAGCCUCCUCACCCCCUCGAGCCCCCUGCCCCCUCGAGCCUCCUCACCCCCUCGAGCCCCCUCACCCCCUCAGCCUCCUCACCCCCUCGAGCCUCCUCACCCCCUCGAGCCUCCCUCACCCCCUCGAGCGUGGCACUUACCUGGAGCCGACUCCGACCUGCCGUCCUCAGCUCUCCGCCGCAAUCGCAACGCUUCCCUUCUCUUAUCUCUGCCCACCUCUGGAAUUUAA